AUGUCGUUCGGCAGAUAUGAUAAAACAAAUCUGGGACAUAUUUUUGAUAGAGAUGCUUAUAGUAUACAUCUCUUGGCGGAGCGCCACUGCGACUCCGCAUCCUUCCCUUGUGUGCCGUAUAAUUUCACUAAUCCAGGACAUUCUAGGUACUUUGCCUCCAUUGCCGGUCAUCGUAUGAUCUCUGCUGGUGUCGAAAAUCGUGUCCUCGCUACAAAUCCCAUCAUGGAAUCUAUAGGAAACGCAAAAACUAUUAGAAAUGACAAUUCCUCACGAUUUGGAAAAUUUAUACAAAUCAACUUUGAUGAAAAAUUCCUUAUCAGCGGUGCUGAAAUGAAGACUUAUUUACUCGAAAAGAGCAGAGUCGUUUUCCAGGCUCCAGCCGAGCGCAACUAUCACAUCUUCUACCAGCUCUGUGCUGCUAGAGACCACCCAUUGAUAAAAGAUCUGGAAUUAGGAACAAGUGAAUCUUAUUGGUAUACUGCGCAAGGCGGUGACGGAAGGGUUCCAGCAGUUGAUGAUCGUGAGGACUUUUUGGAAACUGUCAAGGCUCUUGACAUAUUGGGGUUCAACCAAGAGAAGCAAAAGGAUGUAUAUCGAGUACUGAAAGGUAUUCUACUUCUUGGUAAUAUUGAAUUUGAGUCAAACGGCGACAAUUCUACUAUCGCA